AUGGCGAACGGUAUGGUAUGCAAUUGUUUAUUUAAAGCGCGCACAGGGAAUGAGGAAGGCGUGGGAUGUACACCCGGUUUAAUCUCAUUGGUGAAACGUUUGUUCCAAAGGAAACAUAAGAAAGCCCAAAGUUGCACUCUAGAAAUUAGAAAACCGACUGCUAAGCUCGAAAAAAAAAAUUUCGAGUUCGUACGUACCCUAGGAACAGGUGGUUUCGGCAGGGUCAUGUUGGCAAUUCCCCAAAAUGUAGAAGGUAUAGAUGAACCGUGCGCUAUAAAGCGACUUAAGAAGCAUUCCCUAAUUGUACAAAAACAAGUAGACCAUGUAGUCUCCGAGAAGAAACUACUGGCAAGUGUUAACCAUCCUUUCAUCGUCAAUAUGCUCGGAACGUUCAAAGACCCACAGUACCUUUACAUUGUUAUGGAAUGCGUUUUUGGAGGAGAUUUCUUCGGUUAUCUACGUAGUGUUGAUAAACUGGAGAGUAAAGAUGCUAUGUUCUACGCUGCCCAAAUUGCUUGCAUCUUUGACUACAUGCACUCAAACAACAUCAUUUACCGAGACCUGAAGCCGGAAAACCUUUUAGUAGGGUGCGAUGGAUACCUGAAAUUGACAGAUUUCGGUUUCGCUAAGGUUGUCGAGCUACGCACGUACACCUUAUGCGGUACCCCUGAAUACCUGGCACCCGAGAUAUUACUCAACAAAGGCCAUGGUAAAGCUGUUGACUGGUGGACAAUGGGAAUUCUUAUUUAUGAGAUGCUGGUGGGAUAUCCCCCAUUCUACCACGAAGACCCUAUGGGUAUCUACAAGAAGAUAUUAGAAUGCCGACUCAUAUUCCCUCGUUCCUACGAUGCGUAA